GCACAAGGGAAAAGGGAAAAGGCUGAGGAUGUCCAACGUAGAUGUGGUACAGCGCACAGCCGCUGCACUCCCCUCACCGUUCGAGCGCGCAAUGGCUGCCGCUGCUGCUACCGCAACGGCCGCUGGCGCUGUGACAGCCACAACAUGCUGUGACAAUGGCGGCGACGAAACCCACAACAACCUCCUCCUCAACCUCCUCUUCCUCCACAAUAUCCAAAGGAAUACCGAUAUCUAGCUCCUCGACAACAACCACGACAACAAUACCGACGACAGCGACGACAACCUCCAUUUCUACACCACAAAUUGGAGUAAUAGGGAUAAAAAGGACGAGAAACGGUGAUCACAAAGAAGGUAGAAAUUCAAAAAGUAGGCAGAGGACGUUUACGAAGAGUAUGGAGCCCCCAGUAUUGUCUUUUUACGGCACACAGCCCGUGCCACUUCCCACGCGAUUUGGUAGUUUGAAAAAGCGCCUUGUCGCCGGUCAUGAAGCCGCGCUCGAAGCAUCGUGGGGUCGACUGUUGGUUGCAUUGCGCGACGAAGUCAAGCAUAUCGAAAAGCACGGAUCCGGACUAAUUCCUUCGAUCGAUUAUACCGACAUCGAGAAUACCGAUAAAGUUACAUCUUUCGGAGAGAAAUUGAAGCGCUAUGGAAUUGGCGUGAUACGCGGUGUUGUUCCCUCGGCCGAUGCAAGCUCAUGGGUUGAAGAAACCAAGAAGUAUCUCGAGACGAAACACGAGUACAAGCCACCUCCCGCGCAAGAUCCGACUUGUUUCGAUUUCUUUUGGACGCCUGCACAGGUACGGUCGCGCGCGCAUCCGCAUGUCUUGCAAGCGCAGCGAUUUGCCAUGUCGCUAUGGAAUACCAACAAUGACGAUCGUCUCGCUACGCGUUUCCCUAUUACUUAUGCCGACCGUAUCCGAAUUGAAGCCAUGUCUAAUGGGCAUUUAACCGUGAACGGUGCACUUGCACCAACGCAUGAAGACAGCCUAAUUGCUGCAGCGGCCGCUACAUCGUCAGCGCAGAUCGCGCAGGUUGAUAAUGGUAGUCUAGAGCGUUGGGAGCAAGACGGAUACGGUCGGGGUGGACUUUACGAUGCCAUAUUUAAGGGUGAUUGGGAAUCAUAUGACGCGUGGGAUCCGGCUGGUCGCAUCAACGCGACAUCCGACCUAUAUAAUGGUGCUGGCGCGUGUUCCAUGAUGCGAUUAUUCCAAGGCAUCUUAGCACUGACGGUGGUAGAACCAGGUAUGAUCAGGUUACUGCCUUCGCCGAAACUGUCGACUGCAUACUUCCUAUUAAGGCCGUUCUUUGCGCCUAAAGAAGGACCGCCGCCACAGGGAGCUAGCCCUGAGGCGUGGGAUGCAUAUCUAGACGCGUCGAAUUGGGCACUGGAAAAGGAACAGUCGACAAUAAUACAUGGAGCAGUGCCGGGCCACGCGCAACGUGUAACAGCGGCGUGGCAUCCGCAUCUACAUCUCGACAAGAGUCUGGUAACGCCGCCCACACUACAGGCCGGCGACUACAUAGUCUGGCACCCAGACCAAGCAUAUCAAUUCUCUAAUACCAACUACCGCACUGCUAGUAGGCCACAGACUUCAUCUUCGACCUCUAGCGGCAAUGGUCCCGCAGCAGCGCCUAAUGUUGAAUUGACUUCGAUGCUGGUAUACACACCAGCGGCACCGCUGACGCAGACUAAUGCGCUAUUCCUAGCGCGACAACGUAAGGCCUUCCUACGCGGACACCCAGGACCUGAUUUCGACUCGACAGGUACUGGGCUCGGCAGCGAAGCGCCACAUACGGGUCGGCUAGGUGAGAAGGACAUCCGCGAGGUCGGCGGUGCAGAGGGGUUACAAGCUAUGGGAUUGGCGCCGUGGAGUCUAAGCGAAUACACCCAUAAGUCUGCAUCUUCAAGCUCAUCUUCGAAAGAGAAGAAAGUAACGAAGGGAGUGGAUGAUAUGGACGUCGAUGCACCGAGUCGGAGUAGUAGUCGGGAUAGUCGAAGUAGCAGUGCUAGUAGCACACAGGCACAAGCUGAGGUAGUACGACUAGCUAAUAUCAUCCUCUUUCCCGAUCGCUACGACUUCUACAUGCCAACUCGGGCCAGUAGUCCGACGCCAGCGGGAAGAGAUAGACAUGACAAGGAAAGAGACAGUCGGGAAAACAGGAGCAGUAGUAAUAAUAAGGAGAAAGACAACAAGGACCAGGAUAAGGAAAGGGAUCAGGGGAAAGCUUAGAGGAUAAAUACUUACUUACCAGUCUACUCUAGGUACCUACUUACAUAUAAACAAGCAUAGUAGCAGCAAAGCUCGACGCAUUUAGGCCAUCUUGG